UGGUUAAUGUCAGUAUUCUCGCUAACCUUCAAAGGAUCGGAUGUUUUCGGAAAACCUAUGAACACCUGCGAUGAAUAUAUUCUGAUAUCUUUGCAAAAAGUUCAACUUAAUUGCUAAUAAAAGGGGAUCAAACAUAGUAUCAAGUUAUCCUCAUAAAAUACCAAUGACGCACAGGACAAUAUACUUACGACAAAGGAGAAGUAUUGCUUUCAAUAAACAGUUAAAACCAAGCUACUAGUUUCUUUGCUCCUGUGUAACAUUCUCUUAGAAAUUAUAUAAAAUAUUUCAAUAAAAGUUUUGAAGUUAAUUGUUUAUUACGAUGGCUAUCAAUUGUGUUGCGAAAUUACUUGCAAUUUGUUUUUACGUAACAAGUGUUAUUGCAUGGAACUCACCUCAUGAAUAUGAUCAAAUCAAAAGCCUAUCAAACCAAAUCGAAAACUUGAAAAGUUUAAUAAACCAGCCAAAUACACCAUCAUAUAAAUAUGAUUAUGCACCACCAGUACCUUGGGAUAACAACUACAAGAAUUCAGAUUACCAAAGAUAUUUAAAACAACAGUAUAUACUACCAAUACUUAAUUCUUUAACCGAUAUCUCACAACAGAUUAUUAGAAAUAUCAACGACAAAACACAGCAGCAAAAUAUUAACGUACCAUUUACAAUUCCAACAAGACCUAAUUUCGGAGACGUCAGAGACCAAUCUUCACUAUUUAACCCGUCAUUUGGUACUGCUAGUGGUUGGGGUGCAGCUUCAUAUGGAGAGUCUCAAGGUCAAAACGGUGGAGGGAGCAGUUACAGCCUUUCAAAUCCAAUAUCAUUUAAUUCACCAUAUUCUGGUGGAUUCGGUUCCUUAAAGCCACCAGUUAUACCAUCAAGAUUCCCAAGUAUAUCAAAUCGACAUCCCGGAGAGUAUGACGAUAAUCGAAAUUGGGGGCUUGUCGCUGAUGAUGAUGCAAUAACUACACCUAAGCCACCACAGGAAUGUAAAUGCGAAGAACAAAACAAAAACAUAACAUCGUUAGCAGAAAAAUUAAAGCUGAAGACUACAGAAGCAAAUCCAGUGACUUGCAAAGCGGUAAUUCUGCUUUGCUGCGUCCCAGGGAACAAUGAGGAGCACCGAAAGGAGUGCUUCUCAGAGCACGGAUGUCCACGAAGUUAUUCCACAGGAAUCGCAUGCCUUCCCGUUCUUAUCCAAGCCGUGUACACAGAUAUAUACGGAAAACUUUGAAGAAUAAGUUUUUUUAUCAGCACCGGCAACAUUAAAUACUUUAACUCGAAUACUUUGCUUAUAUAAAUUCAUACAGAUUAAAUAUUUUUAAAUUAAAACUAUCGACGGUAAA